AUGGGCUUUGAUUGUCCGUAUUGUCGUGAGGAGAUAGGUGGUUUGACGUUCAACCCUGAGAUGAAUAAAGGAUUGCGGUCGAGGGCGAUUGAUCAGGAGAACGCUCACCUCAAGCGGCUUGAAAAGGUGGGACUUGCCUACUUUCAGAUACGGCAGGAAAAUCAAGUCGUUUAUUUGAGCUUGAGACCUUUCUUACAAGCUUUAUUGGAGGAUUCUCGCAUUAGUGGUUUGGAUGAUUCUGCUCGUGAUAUACUUCAGGGGUUUGUUGAUAGAGGGUUCUUAAGGGGUGAAGGUGGCUCAGUGUCAUGGUUUGUAUCGCAUCUGUUCUUAGAUCAAAUGAAAGGGAUCGAUUAG